CCUGUGGCCAAAGGGCCCAGGCCCGUAUCUUGGCCAUGAUGGCCGCGCAGGCAUGCCCAGGCAAUCCAUCCUCAUCAUAACCUCGAGUGCCGGCCGAUCCUAGAUUAUCAUUGUUGCUCUUCUUUGGUUUCUUUUGCGACUUCGUCCUUGUCCUAUCGCUGGAAGAAGCACACGACACACUGACGGCACGACCAUACAGACGGCUCAGCUCCACUGCCCUGCCGUCACGGCUCAAAUAUAUCGGAUCUACAUUGAGCCAUCGCACACACCUCGCGGCGGAUCCGCACCGACUGGUCUCUCUGCUCACUCGCAUUGUUAGCCUCCUUGGCUUUGUGCCCUUUUUUUUCUUGCUUCUGCGACUCAGGAAUCUUUAGCGCGAAUACCUGCAGCUCGAGCAGAGACAGCCUCGCCGCUUAAGCACAAGUAAGCACGGCCUAGCGUGCCCAGGCCCAACCAAGCACGAUGCCUCACGGCACCGAGUCCGGGAACGACAACUAUCCACAACUCAAUACGGCGCAUGAGAACAAAGCCCCAGAAGAGCUGACCAGCUCUGUCGCCUACCACCGGACACUGAUCGACCAGCACCGCCAGCUCCAGCCUGCUACCUGCAAGAGCAACCCUGAGCCCGAUGACGACGUUCACGUCCGCAAGGGACAGAUGCUCCGAAGCUGGAUCCCAUUCGGAAGCAGGGCGCCUGCCGGUGCUGCUGGCGAUUCCAGCAGUACUACCCCAGGAUUGCCUGGCGCCCAGCAAUCAUCAGGCACUCAAGAUGGACGCAUCAACCGAUUGAAUGGAGGACCGGCCAGGACACUCCCGCGGGGCGCGCCGAAUAAGGAGAUGGCUACGAUGAGCGAGGGCGAGCGGGCGCCGAAAACAUUGCCUCUUGUCCCACACACGGAGCCGACGAGGCAAGAUGUGGAGGAAUACGAAGCACUGCCGCUGGCCAUUCAGCGCAAGUUCUUCUCCUCCGCCGAACGACUCCGCCUUGCUCAGUCUUCCGGCAAAUUCCUGAAGGCCGAGGUAAACCGAGUGCCUCGACCAGCAGGCACUUCCGCCCGCCUCCUCUCCACCACUGACACGCGCAGCUGGGCCGCUGCUUUCGAUCUUCACAACUUCCGAUCCCGAGCUGCCGAGCUCGACAUAGGGCGUGACUAUUCGCAGGAACGACCCGUCACUUCUCCCCUGCCAGUCAAGCCGGACUUCCAGGGUCCCUCAGACUUUUUGGUACUCGCCAAUCUUCCAGCAAAGAUUCGGGAGAAGCACCUCACCCGUGAGGAGCAGCUUCUGCUGGCCAGACAGCUUCGCCAAAGCGUACUGUUGGAUGCUGCCGACGAGGCCCUUUGCCGCCUAGGCCAGCGACGAAACAAGAAUCCCACCCCAGACCACGCCUCGCAAGAAGCUCCCAUCAUGGCAGCAGUCGCAACAAACAUGGCCUCCACAUCGACCAAGACGGACCACCAAGCCGAGCAAGAACCGUUGGGGGACAGCUUCAGGUGGUUUGAUGAGGACGACGAGCUCGAUCUCCGCUUCGCCGUCGAAGAUCCUCAAGUGGUACCCAGAUCCGUUUCAUCACUGUCCAAGCGAGAGUCACACCCCUUUCGGAGAGGGCUUUCCCUCACGAAAAUGUCAUUCAGCCGAUCAUCGAUAACCUCGUUUCGGCCCCCAACGGGAGAGUCAUAUGGCCCCGUAGACACAAGAUCAGCAAGUCCUGUUCAGGGCACCCAGCAUGGUCGCCGAAGGUCCCGGGCCUUCUCCAUCAUGGGACCUCGGCACAGUGCCAAGGCCUCGGUGGCCUCGAUUGAUGUCGCUGCUGCCCACUACCAGGACCCCGAGGCUCGCGCGAAGUUGAGAGUAUACCUCGCCUCGCCUCAAAAGUUUGACGAGGCUGUCGAGUUUGGUUUCCCUUCUGUAGAGGCAGCCAAUGCCAUGCCUAGGCGGACAUCGACCCGCCUGUCCCGUCAUCUUGUGUCUGACGAAGCGGACAAGUUGAAGACAUUCCUGUCCGACGACCGAUCGUCUACGUAUAGCGAAGACCUCUCCAUGCCCGACUCAGAAUCGCCCAAGACGCCGCAGAUUCUCGACAAGGACUCUAUACAGGCACUGGAGCUGCCAUUCGACUUUGACGAGAAGCAGUUCAAACUUUCGGACGGGUAUCUGCAUGCCCCGGCACACUCUCGGGAGAUGACGCUUCGCAUGACCUUGACGCGUCCGGAUCUCCGCGCACAAGAAGAUCAGAUGUACGGAUGGCAGCCUGCACCCAAAGAGCAGCCUGCAUGGCGGCAUUCCCGAGCCAUGACACAGUCGCGCUGGGAGCUCGCCCCUCCCACAAGCCAGGCCCGCGAUCUCCACAAAGAGAGCAUCGACAAGAUCUUUGCCGAAAUCGACCAGGAACUGGGCCCUACUCCUGCAGAAGGCGGACCAAUGAAGCGAUUGUGGAAGAAGGUGCGACGUUCCUGAGAGAGCAAGCUCGACCUGUUUUGUCGUUGGCGGCAAUCGGCCCCAUCGCUAUGACGAAAGGCAUUUUCCUUUGUGUGACAAAACGACGGAGCAUAUUGCACAAUCAGCACGACGCAGAUUGCCCAACUGUGCCACUUUAUCUACGUGUUUUCUCUUUUCCUUCACGACUGGGAGCUUGGAGCGGGACAUGCGCCUAUACCUAGCUCAGCCUCCGGAGGGCGGAACCUUUUUGAAACUUUAGCGAUUUUAUUUCUUUCCUUCACGCGGCACUGCUAGGCGUUCUGCAUCUUUGCUCAAAACCAUCUCGCUUCUUCUGUGUAUUUAUUUCACCCGUCAUAUCAAAGAGCUACUUGCCCAAGGAGGACCCACAGAAACGCCGUCCUGGCGGCAACCGUGUAAGAGGAGACAGGUCUGGGUCGGUUCUGUAGAUAACAUGUUGCAAUACAAUCGCCUAAAGGCUCAACUCAAUAACGA